UUGAACGGCACCAUCACUUUCGCCUGCAUGGCCCAAAUGUUGUAGCCUGUGCAGUUUGUCACAACCAUGUGGACCCGUUACAACGAAUCCUCCUCGGAGCUCCAUCCUCCUUCAGCCACUGGAGGGGAUGUGACGCCUUUCUCGCGCUACCCUCUGCAAGAUAGUUUUUACAAAUCCAUGGCUUACUCCCACGUCUUCUUCGGCUUUGCAUAUUUGGGGCUGAUGACGUGGCAGUUUUUGGGGAAGAAGGGAACGCGAGCGCACGUGCAGCUUGGUUUGGCGCUGAAGUGGCUUGCUUUGUGCACGCUUGGCGGUGGCUGGGUACUUCAGAUUCGUCAUUCCUGGUUUAGUGACCCAAAGGUCUUCGAGAAGCACCCAGCACUGUUCAGCCUACCCUUCGCGCGCGCUUUCGUGAGUGCCUUUGGCAGCUCCACAGUGGUGAGCGCGUUGAACUGCUUUGUCGUCGGGGUCAAGGAGGAGUCUCGAAAAGUCUCCGCUGGCAGCCUGUCGCAUCUCAUGCUUUUGGUGGCUACCAACUUGUCUUUGGCGGCCGGGGUGAAUGCAUAUGUCUACAUCUUUGGAGAGUUGAUGACAACCCCAGCAUGGAGCUCCUUCCACUUCGACAUGCUUGUGGAGAUGACUGUGAUCGGCUCAGUGUUCCCCCUCUACGAUGGCCUCAAUUUCUUCGUGCUCAUCCAAUGGUGGCGCACGGGCUCCUUGAACUACGUGGAGCACCAUGUGAUGAACGCCGUUUGGACCAUGAGCAAAUCCAUGGCAGCCUUCUUGCUGUUUGCAGCUCACGAUGCUCAUUUCUUUUGGCCUCACCCGGGCUUGGGCCUAUAUGCACGUUGGGCCCUGCAAUUGGGGCCACAGCUCUUAGUCUUGGGCCCCUACUUGCUACGCAUCUUGCGCUACGUGGCGAACGCAUCACCGAAGGCAAACGGAAAAUCCAAGUGAGCGAGCCGAGUUGGGCGAAGCCACGAAAUCGCUGAGCCGCUGCUCAGCGGCCAACUCGGUCAACUCGGACAGACCUCUCAAAGGCUGAUUUUGUGGCUGACGUCCACGAACGCGUUCUUAACCAACAUGUGCGAAUCCAUACUCAGGCCACUCAGGAACGGGGGGCCAUACCAGUGCUUCACACAUGGAGAAAAACUGCGUUUUGAUGGCAUUGGACAUGCCGAAUAGUCCAAAGCUUGAGCCUUGCGCUGGGA